AUGUGGUCUACCACACCCAACUACAAUGCAGGGCCUUCCUCCCCUCCGCAGACUCCCACGAUUGCCCCCAGCUCUUUGUUCAAGAACCGCAGAAAUGGCAUGCAUUUUGAGCCUCCAUAUGCCUCGAAGCAGAAUGGCAAUAUAAUCCCCAAUGGCAAUGGCCCUUACUUCUCCUACACACCUUCCAACAAGCCCUCAGAUCUGUCGCCACGAUCCUCCUCGCCCGACUCGUCUACCCACGACUCGGACUCGGACGCCAGUGGCAGCCCCCCACGAUCCCUUUCCUCUUCGCCCGUUCCCCCAUUCUCCGUGACCCCGCCCCUGAAUCAAAGAAACGUCAUCGUCGAAGGGAAUUUCACGGUCGAGGAGUUCGGCGAGAGCGACUACGAGGAGUGGGACUCGGACGACGAGAGUGUCAUCCGGCCACACCAGUAUGAGGAUGCAGCAAGUGACCGAGCGGGAUCUGUGAGGUCAGUCUCCAGGACCAGGAACGAGAUUGAUCCGCGGGUACUAUACGGCCUCAAGAACCUACACUGCCAGCCAGACGAGGAUGACAGAGAUGCUUGGCUUGAAGCCAUGAGGGAGGAGAGGCGGAGGAAGCGGAGGAGUUCGGGAAGUGUGCAGAAGAGGACUAUAAGCCAGAGCAUUGGCAGCGAUACGGAUGAGGAGGAUCUCAAGCCGGUCACGUUUGAAGGAGCGAAUGAGAUUGGAUCCAGUGCUAGGAGGUUACGCAGAAAGACCAAGGGCGAGCGAACCAGUCUCAUAUUCGACGACCCGCCUCCUAGGAUCGAUGAAGAGUACGAGGGUCCCGAUAGCGUGGAAGAGCUUGUGGAGCUCACUCAAGGGGAAGAAGAGAUGGAGGGGGGCGAUCUCAGGGAGCUGCCGUACUUUCGAUAUGUCCAAGACAUGGACGUGGAUUCGGAUGAGGACUGA